UGUUAGCCAUGGCGGCGCGGCUGCGGGCGGGCGCUGCCUGGCGCUGUCGCGGGUCGAUGACGCGGGAGGUCCCUGCGGCUUUUCCCGGUGUCGCUGUUCCCGGUGCGAUGGGAUUCCGCGCCCCGCGCUGAUGGCGGCCUGCCGGACACAGCACGGCUCCGCGCCGGAGCCCACGGUGGAUGAGUUCACCGUCCCCGCCGAGAAGAGCCGCCUCCUGGAGCGCAGCCGGGGCCGCAUCGAGGGCUUGUUCGAGGUGCGGCUGGCCGUGCUGGGGGCGCAGGGGGACUGGCGGCCCGCGCUGCAGCCGCCCACCGCCAGUGCCAGGAUCUGGGUGCAGCUGGUGGGCUGCAGGAAGGCCGUGAGCAGCGCCAAGGAGUACAUCAAGGGCCUGUGUGAACCUGAGCUAGAAGAAAAGGAGUACUACCCAAAGGACAUGCACUGCAUCUUUGUUGGUGCGCAGAGCCUGUUUCUCAACAGUCUUAUUCAGGAUACGUGUGCUGAUGUAACCGUGCUGGAAAUGGGAUUGCUCAGUAUUAAGGGGUGUGCAGAAGCCGUUGUUAUGGCUCAAAGUCAUGUGCAGCAGUUUGUGAAGCUUUUUGAGAAUAAUGAAAGCUUAUUAAAUGACAAUGAAUCAGAGAUUAAAAAGCAGUUCAGACAAUUCGUAGAAGCACAUGCAGAUAAGUAUACAAUGGAUUUACUGAUUUUGCCUAGCGCACUAAAAAGAGAGCUCUUAACUCUCACCCAAAGUGAUGUUUCUGAAGGGGAGAUGGAAAUCAUAGAUCUCACAGGCUCUGGAAGCCCACAGCAGCUUGAACAGAACAGCACCUCCAAAGUUGUUGCUGCAAACAGAGAUGGAAGGGCAGUUGGGGAGGAAGCAAGAAGCAAUGCUGGCACACCUGUAACUGAGCUUACAAAGCAAAUGGACACUGUGUUUUCUGAUCCUCCUGACACAAGAUUUGUUCCCAUAAAGGACCCUUUGUUAGAGGCAGUGGCCUUUAAAGAGAGGCAGUCAUGUAAAAGAAGGUCUUCUGAUGAGGAGGAAAGGCUCCCUAAAAAGCAUUUCUCUUUGGAAAAUGAUCAGAAAGUGAAAUCUGCUUUAGACAAGAAUCCUUCAGACCCUGAUGCAGUUAUUGAUCUGGUUUUGGAUAGCUGCAAUGAAUCAGAUGGUCCUACUUACUGCCUUAAAGAAGGUGAUGCUCUCACUGAGGAAAUGGAAUAUAAGAUUCUUGUGAACUUUUUCAGAACAAUGGGAUAUUCCCAAAAUAUUGUAGAAAAAGUUAUCGGUAUCCUAGGACAAUCUGUGGAACCAUUAAUAUUGCUAGAAGAAAUUGAAAAGGAAAAUUUAAAGUUUAAAAAAGAACAUGAACAGUCGUCUCAAAAGCCUAGAACUUUUCCUUUAGGAAAUAAUGUAAAUAAUUCACAAAACCUAGAAGACAAGGGCAUUUCUAGGAACAAAAGUCCACUUAAAUCCAGCCAUACUUCAAAGGAGACAAAAAAUGAGUAUCACAAAAUAAGAGGUGCUCCAGACACACAAGUUGGUGCAGAAGAUAAAAUGCAUCGAUUAGUAUGCAAAUCUUCUUCCCCUCCCAGCAAAAAUUCAGGUCUGUGUCAUAAACAAAGAGAUGUUUAUGGUCCUGGUAAGAAUUACAGCUCAAGGUCAAACAAUAUAGAAACUGAUGGUGAGGUAACUUUCAGCACUGUGCAAGCUGGAGCUCUAAAGGAUGUUGGCUUUAUAGCCAGAGGGAGCUCAGAUAUACAGCAUAUCUCAAGUAAGAGUAAAAGUGCAUUUCAGCAAAAAUCUGUAGGGCCCUCAACUGUACAGGACAGCCACCCUGUUUCUGAGGAGCAGCUGGGACACUGCAGCUCUUCUCAAGUGAGGCCUCUCCACCAGCGCCUUUCUCAAACCUCACAUUGUGACAAUCCUGUCCCAGACCGGUUACUGUCCUCACAAAAACACUCCUCAAAUGCAGACAGAGACACUGUGGGACCACAUCCAGAUCAUUCAGUUACUGGAGUUCAAAGAUUUUUGGACUCUCUGAAGAAGCCAUACAAACUGGAGUUGAUAAAUGAACCUGGAAAACCGUAUUUAAAACAUAUAAUUAUUGAUGGAAGUAAUGUUGCAAUUUCUCAUGGUCUAAGGAAAUUCUUCUCCUGUCGAGGAAUCGCAAUAGCUGUUGACUACUUUUGGAAACGUGGCCACAGAAAUAUUACUGUGUUUGUUCCACAGUGGAGAACGAGACGUGACCCUUCCAUUACAGAGCAGAAUUUCUUAACGCAGCUCGAGGAUGUUGGAAUAUUGUCUUUAACCCCUGCAAGGAUGGUUUUAGGAGCAAGAAUUGCUGCUCAUGAUGACAGGUUUUUAUUACACCUUGCUGCUAAAACUGGAGGUGUUAUUGUGACUAAUGAUAACUUCAGAGAAUUUGUGACGGAAUCAUUUGCCUGGAGAGAAAUUAUUCAGAAAAGGUUGCUCCAGUACACUUUUGCUGGUGACAUAUUUAUGGUUCCUGAUGAUCCUUUGGGAAGAAAUGGACCCAGGUUAGAUGACUUCCUUCGAAGUGAAGGCUGUUCUAGAGAUUCUUGGUUAACACAAAAGGCUUUACAAAGCAGUGGACAAUAUUCUUCUGAGACACCAUUUUUCCCCCCCGAAGUGAGCAGUAGCAGUCGACAGCCUGGAGGCAGAGUGCACAAUGAUCAUUCAUCCCCGAGGCUUCCAUGGGAAGAAAACACAGAGCCUUGUCCAGCAAUUCCACUACAGAGAUCUGCCUCAGAAACAGUCCAGCUAAGAGAAGCCCUGAUCAGAAUUUUUCCUGACUAUGAUCAGAGGCAGAAGAUUGAUCGAAUACUAGCUAAUCAUCCGUUCAUGAGAGAUCUUAAUGCACUGUCUGCCAUGGUGCUUGACUGAAUGCUUUACACAGCUUUUAUAGCACAACUGCUCUGACUAACAAUUAUCAAUGUGAAGAAAAAUAUCACUCUUUUAUGUUACUCUGUGAAUAUUAAAACCUAAUUUUAUUUGUAUAAACAAAGAUAUUUUUGUGUAUGUUCUGUUGCUAAUAGAUGCCAGGUAUUGGCAAAUUUAAAACUGCUGCUAUUACAGAUUUGUAAUAAUAUUUUCUAUGGAAAAAAACCCAAAUCUUCUGCUUUACUUGAAUUGCUUAUUGAAACAGUGGGAGUACUCCCUUUUGAGCAGUGUUAGUACUUUUUCCAGAACCCUUUUCCUAGAAGGCAGAGUUCCCGUCAGUUGGAGACCAGCAUGUGGGAGCAGCUGCCAGCAGGUGGCGGCCGUGGGCCCGUGAGGAUCCCCGAGAAGGGCGUGAAAAUCCAAGAAAAUCCAUUUGCUCUUUCAGGCUAGAAAUAAUGUACGGGGUAGUUAGAAGAGAAAGUAUAAAUUCACAGCUCUCAUCGGGAGAUGGUCUUUUGAGUGCUUUAAAGGAUCUGAAAGCCACAUGGUUUUUAAAUUGUAAAUUAACUUGGCCAUCAGUAUUCUUUCAGAACAGUUUUAGUAUCUUUAACAAUUGCAUUUAUACCUGUUUGUCUUGGCCUUGCCCAUUCUAAGUGUGAAUGGUGUGGUGUUAACAGAAUGUGAUGCUGUCUGUAUAUUUUUGUGUAGAUCUACAGCUGCAGUCAGCUCCUCCCCUUUAGAUCUUGUUCUGGGGUCUAUCCCAAAAGUAAAGGGAAAAAGAGAAGAUAAUUUAUGAAAGCUGACCAAUAGGACCACUUUCAAGAGCAGAGCAAAGUUAGGAUUGUCCGUAUCUCUGUACACACUGACGUCUGUUACUCUUUCCUUUUAACCAGUCUCUGAUGCCAGUUGUUCACAUGAGUAAAAUCAAAUUGGCCUGUAAGGAAACAUCAGCUUCUGCUGUACUGUGCCUUACCCUAAAGCAUUAGUGGCUUUCUCUCCAGUUCCAUGGGGUGUGAAAUCACUCUUUGUUUAUAUGCAAAAGAGCUGAAAUAUGUUUUUUAAGAAAAGCUGAAAUAUGUUGUUUAUAUCCAAAAGAGGAACAGGGGGUUUUGACAGACUGUCUUUUUGCAUGGCCCUUUUUGCAUGGCUCUUUCAUGUUUUGUGAAGUCAGAAACAGAAGAAAGUCUUACUCUUCCCUUAACACAAGCAACCCGAAAGAGAAUUGCAGCAAGAACAAAAAAGUUGUAGGAACAGUUGUUACAGCUCCUCAAAAAUACAGGUGAUGAUGAAGAAAGGCCUUCAAUGUUUCUACAUCCAAACAGACAAAUCUUAAUUAUUUAUUUUAUAUGAGUGGGAGAUUUACUAUUCAGGUGGGUAGAGUCCUUCUGACCAGCACCUGUUUGCCAAGAAGUAGUUCUCUACCUCUGAAGUGUUAUGUAAUCUCCAAGUUCUAACCCCAUAAAAUCUUAGGCAGGUUCCUAAAGCCUGGUAUGAUUUUAAUAAAUAGUAAGAGAAUAAAUCACCAGCUCCCUUGCAGUGCCUGGGGGGCCUGUCUACAUGUGUGAACAUGCUCCUUGAAUAACUUGUCUUCUUUCCAUUAGGUAUAGCCCUGGUUGCAUAUGCUGUUUUCACUUUUUUAGGUGCUGGUGUGGGGAUAUAAAUAUAUUGUAAUUUUUAUUUCAGAAUCACA